AUGCCCGACCAACGAAGCAUCAUGGAUGCUGCGAGGGUACUUCCAGUCGUCUUUGUGGUGGUGAACAUCGUCAGCCUGUACUUGAUCUACAGCUACUUCCACCUGGUUCCGAUGCUGCAGAGCCAGAGCACGGACGAGAAAAGAUAUCACACUGGUCUCAUCCAGACGGCUGUGUUCAACGGUAUCUCCUUCAUGCUCAUGAUCUGCUACCUGCGGGCCGUCGCCACGAAUCCAGGAAACAUUCCUUCGAAGGAGGAAGAUGAUCGCUGGGAGUACGUACCGGAUCGGCGUAUACAGCAGCCGGACACGAAGGAGAAGAAGAAAACAGGAGAGCGCCGACACUGCAAGUGGUGCGCGAAGUACAAGCCCGACAGAUGUCACCAUUGCCGUGUGUGCAAGACGUGCAUCCUCAAGAUGGAUCACCACUGCCCCUGGAUCUACAACUGCGUAGGCUUCAGGAAUCACAAGUACUUCUUCCUGCUGCUUCUCUACUCCGCGGCCGCCUGCAACUUCAUCACUAUCACCAUGAUCCCGACGGUGCAGGCCGCUGUCGAGCAGAACUCUGCGUUUGCGCAGAUGUUCCUCGUGCUUUUUGCCGAGACGCUGUCAGCUUUCCUGGGGAUUCUGAUCCUUGGCAUGCACUGUGCCCCCUAA